AAAAUUUAGUUCUGCAACAAAAAAGUAAGUAAGAAUUAUUCUAUUAUAAAACGACGCUAUCAAAAAUUCAUUUAUUAAAUUUAUUUUUUUAAUAUCUUAUAAAAUAAAUCAUUAACUGUCCAAACAUUUAAAUAUAUAAGAAGACUCAAUAUUAUAUAAUUUGAUAUAAAAAUUAUUCAUAUGAAUAUCAAUUAUCACGAAUAUUAUAUUCAUCUUAAUGCAUAUUCAUUAUACUCGUAAGAAGUAAUAUUUAUACAUUUAUACAUAUAAUUAAUUGGUUAACUUCUUAAUAUAUUCGUGCUGAUAUAUCGUACUGACUUUAUCGACUGAGCACAUUUGGUCACGGGUUAUGAAGAAUGAUCCAGGAUACAUUAAAAGACGUUAAAAAAAUCUUAUUGAAUUUAUUCAUCGAUUCUCGAAUAAUCUUCAUUUAACAAAGUGAUAUAACAAUGCAGCAAAUCGAGACGAUCUAAUCCAAACUAGAUAUACAAGAAACUGGAAACAGUACAGAAAUUACCAGUGAAAAAAACAUGUAAUUACGUCGUUGGAGGUGGAAGCAACAGAGGUAGGGGAGCGAAAGUGAACACAGGUCCAAGAAUGGACAAGAAACAGGCUCCUUUAGCAGAAAGUUUGACGAAUUAUAACGUAGGAUCAUCAUUAUCAACGUUUUCAUUCAAUUUGACAAAUUCAUCAAAGUCUAUAUUGAUUAAUUCAACUAUUCAAAAAUUAACAUAAAGAGAAACAUAUGUGAAAAAUGAAAGUGCAAAAAUGUGAUUGUUCAAUCAAGAAAAGCUUGGCUGAAAGAGUGAGAUUCUUGUGACGUUCCAAAGAGAGAAACGUAGCGUGUGCAAGGUUAUGAGUGUGCUGUGAUGUGAUCCAGUGUGUGCCAGUGAUUCUCACUGACGACAUGCCUGUGGUCUCUAUUGCAAAAAAUUUUGUAUUUGCGACGGCUUGGUGCAUAAUCAGUUACCGCGAAGCAGUUCUAACGUGAACGUGAUCCGUCAUCCCUGUCACUAAUUCUUGAAUACCUUGUUGUAUGAAAUCAUGACGCGAAAGCUGAGCAAAUUUUUAAUACUUUUUGACAACACAAAUCUUUUAUAUUUUCCCGGUCACUUUUUGUCCGGUCGAGUACUCAUUGAAUUGGAUGAUGAGGCUUACGUUUCAGGAUUGCAUUUUCAUGUGAUUGGUGAAGGAGUGGUGCGUCUACGUAGUCAACGCGCUGAAAGAGUUUACGAUAAGGAAAAUUAUAUAGAUUUUCGUAUGAGAUUGCUAGGCGAACCAGGAGAGGGACCGUCUCUACUAUCACCGGGGAUCCACAGCUUUCCAUUCAAAUUAGGCCUGCCUCUGGGCUUGCCAUCUACUUUCUUAGGUAAACAUGGCUGGGUACAAUAUUAUUGCAAAGCUGCACUUCGAGAGCCUGGCGGAUUGACACAUAAGAAUCAGCAAGUCUUCAUUGUAAUGAAUCCCAUCGAUCUGAAUUUAGAACCACCAAUCCUGGCACAACCUGCAAGGCAAGAAAUCGAACAACGAGUUGGAGUCUCCUGUGUUUCCGGUGGUCCUGUAUUUUGCAGAGUGAGCCUCGACAGAGGCGGAUAUGUGCCUGGUGAAACUAUUGGUAUCUCAGCAACUGUCAGCAAUCGAAGCAAAGUAACGAUGAAAUCAACUAAGGCAUCCUUGACCGAAACAAUUCAGUACUUGUGUCGCGGUAAAGUACUUGCAAGUGAGACACGAGAAUUGGCAAGUGUUUCUAGGGGGAAAAUCCGUCCUGGAGAAGGCGAAGAAUGGUUGAAUGAACAAAUGUACGUUCCUCCUUUACCACCUACCAAUCUACGAGGAUGUCAUCUCAUCAAUGUCCUUUAUCAUGUCUAUUUUAUAAUAAGUCCGAAGAGCUUGGAUAAAGAAAUUAAACUACAAAUACCAAUCGUCUUAGCCACUUAUCCCUUGAGACAGGAAGGUGCUCCAGCCGGAACUGCACCAUCGAAAAGAGGAGCACAUUAUCCAUCAACAUUGCCAAUAUUUCGGCCGUGGCUGGACGAUAAAGCUUUUGAGAUACAGGAAUGAAGAUUUAAUUAACUUUUACUGAUGAUCUUGAUAUGUGGAUGUAAUACAUUUUGACAAAAAUCAUGUAAGAAAUAUUGCGAUAAUGCGAUCAAAAAUUUAAAAGAAAUGAUCUAAAUCUUCGGAUUAAUUAAUACGCUUAUAACAAUACUUAUUUCAAAUUAAACUUAAUUAAGUAAAUAGAUGUAUUUAUAUUUGUAACUAAAGAGAUUAAAAAAAAGCAAAGAUUAAAAAUAUUUAUAUAAAGAUUAAAAAUAUUUUAUGUGACAUAUAGACAAUAUAAUAACAUUCCAUUUUAAAAUAUUUGUUUGCAAUUAAAAUUUAAAUUUAAAAGAUAUAUGAAAUGAAUAAAAAUUUCUUAUAAUUAAAAAAAUUUUAGAUUUAAAAAAGUUAACAAUUUAUUAUAAUUUUUGUUAAUAUUUUGUAAAUGUUUAUGAUAAUAGAAAAUAUUAUUUACAAUAUUUUAAUAUAUUUUUUUAAUAUUUAAUAUUUAAUAUUUCACAUAUUUAAAAAAUAUAUAAUAAAUAUUGUAAAUAAUAUUUUUAAUAAAAAAAAUGUAUUAAAAGAAAGCUUGAAUAUAUAUUAGUAAGUAACUUUAUUAAUGCAUAUAUUUAAUUUUUGAAGUUAAUAUUGUUAACAAAUUAUUUUUAUUACUUAACAAUUGUAUAAAAUCAUUUUUUUAUUUUAUAAAUUAAACAUAAUAAGCUGAUGUGAUUGCCAUAUUUAUACAAAGUAAAUAUGACUUAUCAUAAAAAACAUUAUAUAUAAAAAAUAGCUGUAAUUAUAACGAAAGAAAAAAAUAAUGUAUUAAUAGUAAAUUAUUAUUACUUUCAAGUUUCAA